AGGAGAGUGAGAUUGAAAUAGACAGAAGAAAAGAACCGAAAAGGGCAGCAAUUGCCAUACAAUCAUGUAGACGAUGUCUGUAUUUUACGUUCGUAAAUGCUCGCUCAAUCAACAAGAGAAUACACGAAUCACCGGUAAUCUCAACAAUGUGAAACAUGAAACUUUCAGUAGAUGACUUUUCACCAGCGAAUUUUUCCUAAAAUUGUAUCAUGUGAUUGUGUAAAACAGAGUGUGUGUGUGUGUGUGUGUGUUCCAUACCCCAAAUAAAAAAGUUUAUAGUGAUAUGAAGUGAAAUAAACCGAAAGCAUUUGAUUGUGUAGACAUUUUUAAUACAAGCAAUUCGAUGGAAACCUACAAUACAUCAUCGACAGAUUUAUUUCUGUUCACUCCAUCAUACAGUUCUGUAAUCAGCAACAAUAUCAGCGCCAGCAACAACAACAUUCUAUUCAAUAUAAUGAAUCAUAGCAAAAUUAAUCCAUACGAUGAGCAGCAAAUUGUUGCAGGCAUGACCAAUGCAACCAUAUCCCCUGAACCAACCACACAAAUUUAUUGUAAUUUUAAGGCAUUGGCCGGAUUUUUGUCCGUUUAUUUCACGCCCGUAAUCACCAUCGCUGGCACAAUCGGAAAUAUCCUGUCGGUGAUGGUGUUUCUACGUACAAAACUGAAAAAACUAUCAUCCAGUUACUAUUUAGCAUUUUUGGCCAUAUUCGAUACGGGAUUUUUGUGGUGCUAUUUCGUCGAAUGGCUGAAUGUCAUCGAUAUUGAUUUGUUCAAACGUAAUGGGUUUUGCCAAUUAUUCAAUUGGUUAACAAAUGCAUGCUCGGUGUUGUCUGUGUGGUUAGUGGUUGCCUUUACCAUCGAGCGAUUCGUGGCCAUUAUGUAUCCACUCAAACGUCAAUCAAUGUAUACGGUGCGAAAAGCACGGGUAAUUGUUUGUGUUUUGGUCAUAUUCAAUGCGAUCAACAGUACUCCUCUGCUAGUGUUCACUAGCAGUGUACGCGUGGACGAUGUCGCCUACUGUAUAGUCGAUGCAAAUUACACAGAACUAAUGGAAUAUUAUAAUUAUUACGAUUUUUUCGUGGGAUUUUUAAUUCCUCUGACCCUUAUAAUCACGCUAAACACUGUGACAGCAUUUGCCGUAUGGAAACCAUCGAAAGUUGCACGAACCGUUAAAAGUUAUAACAGAUUCACAAGGGAGAAAAGUGUCAGCUUCCAUGGAUCAAGCGCACGAGACCGUCCGUCAUCUGACAUGGUAGUAUCAGAUCCAUCGGCACGAAUAACAAUGUGCAGGCUACUGAAUGGCCAUCAAAGUAUGAGGCAAUCUUGUCUUGAAACACAUCGACUUCGAAUAUCCAAUUCCACCCAAAUGAAAGUUACCAAAAUGCUCCUAGUCAUUUCGACAGUCUUUGUUUUAUUGAAUUUUCCCAGCUAUGUGAUACGCGUGUGGGUCUUUAUAGUUUCGGCCAGUAAUAAAGAUCAUUGGUACAUUAUAUGGCAACACUUUGCGCAAACACUUUAUAUCUGUAAUUUUGGAAUAAAUUUCGUUUUAUAUUGCUUGAGUGGACAAAAUUUUCGGAAGGAAUUGAUGGGGCUCUUCAGGCGCAAUGUACCGCAACGCUUUGAAGCAGGGACACAUGUUACGAGUAUUGUGUUUUAAGCAUAAACUGUCAAAUGUGUUAAUUCAUUGUAACUGUUUCAUCAUUCAAUAAAAUAGGGCAUUCCGCUUAUGAGUUCAAUUCACAAACAUACCAAAUGAGAAAAAAAAAAACAACUAAAGAUCGAAACACUUUUACUAUAGUUUUUUUUAGUGUUUUUCUUUUAGCUUAAAAUGCUGGAACAACUCUUUUUUCCGACUUGGACAAUUUUAUACAAAAAAAAUAACAACUCAUGCAUACAAAAAAAACCAUACAAUUAAUGGUGUUAAUUUUGUUAUUUCCUUAAUUAAAUUGCCGACAUUCUUUGGAAAAGCUUUUUAAUUUUUCGAAGAAAAAACAAAAAAAAAACUUUUUCGUUGAAUUUUCGCUAAAAUAUUCGAUGAGCUGAUCCAUACCAUUUUCAUUUCCACAUUUUAUUUCAAGUUAGCCGAAGUUCCAGGGCUUCCGUGAGAGCAUUUUGGAAACAUUCCGUUUACUGUGUGGAAAAUAUUGAACUAAAGUGAAAGUGAACAUUCAACGUAAUCUGGAAAGCAAAAAAGAAAAAAAAAUAAGUUUAACCAUCAAUAUGGAUUGAAGAUGUGCAAAGACCGACGUUGAAUGUCCCAACAUACAUACACAUACACGCUCACUCAUGUCAAUAGAGAUGAUGUUUUGUUCGUUAUAAACCUGAAAAACUUUGCAUAAAAACCAUAUUAAAACAUCGUGCUAUGGCUUGCAGCUAUGCCAUUCCACUGUUUUAAUUUUUCUCCCAUAUUUGUUGUGCAUCAAGUGAUUGUAUGGUGUGCGUUAACAACAGUUAAUUGAACACAAGGCAAACUCUCUGACUAUUGUUCAACGAUAAAAUCUUAGCAAGUUUAGUGUUUUUUUUUUGCAUUCGAGAAUGAAAAAAAAAAUAAAACUACGUCAACAACAACAUACAUUUUAAUCGAUAGAGAGAAUGGAAGAAACAAUGCAGAAUAGUUUCGGGUUAUAUACAAGUAUAUACGUACAUUUCGAUGCUGUAAAUAUCAGAAUAAAAAGCUUUUUAACGAGCAGAAAGAGCAUUAAAACGUAGCACUUAAUCGGUAGAGCCGACGUCAUACAACAAAAACUUUAAUCAAAAUGGAAUAGUUGAUAACACGCGUGUUAUCGUCGAUGCGCGUACCGGUGAUCGCCGUUCGUUGUCGUCGUCGUUGCGGGGGAUGAGAUAAUCUUUUAAUUCGAUGGAGAGAAAAAAGAAGAAAAUCAUGUGCCAAUGCAAACCAAAAAGCAAGGAUCUCGGUGUGAACACAUCUUGAACUGUAGCAAUUUCAGCUUUUUGUUUUCUUCAAAAGAGUGUUGGUCUUCUCGUGAAAUGUUCAUUCAUUAAUUAAAAUUGGCCUUGUCUCAUUUUUAUUGUAGAAUCGAUCUUAGUGGAUGAAACAGAUUAAAAUGAAAAGAUUGAAAAUACUUGUCUUCUCAAAUUGACUUCAUUUGGUCAUUGACAGUUUAAAUGAUGGAGUGAGAAUUGAAACGUAUAUACAUCGUCUGAAGUCAGGCAGUUAGGAGAGUGACCCAUAUGCAAUGCUACAUAAAAAUGUGUAUUUUUGUAUUAUAUCUGUAACUAAAACUAUUUUCAUUGUAUAAAAAAAAACCAAUACACCAUCUAAAUGUAGAAAAAUGAUUGUAAAAAGAAAAUAAA